AUGUCGGCGACCACGGCGGCGGUGCCCUUCUGGCGGGCGGCGGGGAUGACCUACAUCGGCUACUCCAACAUCUGCGCUGCCCUGGUCCGGAACUGCCUCAAGGAGCCCUUCAAGUCCGAGGUCGCGUCCCGCGAGAAGGUCCAUUUCUCCAUCUCCAAGUGGGCGGACGGCAAGCAGGAGAAGCCCACUGUCCGCACAGAAGAUGAAUAA